AUGGUCUCCGACGGCAAACGAAUGCGAAUCCUUUGGCACCAUGGCGAUGGCAAUGGCGACUCCAACAAGGCCUUCGUUAUGCGGUCGAAGACUACAGUCCGCGGUCAUCCAACCUGGAAGAUGUACAUGGGGAAGGUACCACGUCCCAUUAUCUAUGGCAGAAGGGAGCCCCCAAGAGAGCAGCAGAGGAUGCGCAAGCAAAGAGAAUCGAGGCUAGCACAAAUUUCGCUCAGCGGUACCAUGCCGGCUAUGCUCAAGCCUAGUCCCUACGUCCCUGGUCCUAUAGACGGUAACAUCAAGCCACUGAGCAUCACCGACAGGGCUGUCCAGGGCUCACCGUACUUCGACAUCCCAGCAGCAGCCAUGCGGAAGCGACCUAGACCUAUUCCCGGUGACAUGGCUGCAGUAUAUGCAGGUUUCACUACUAAUCGGAACGCUGAGGCCGCUGGGAUUAGCGCUGGACCAGAGGCGAAGAAGGUCAAAGUCAAGCAAGGGGCGGACAUUCAGAAUGAGCUGCUGGCGAUCACAGACAAGCUAGACAGCUCUGAAUAA